UGUAAUAGUCUUUGUUGCAACAACCUGAAUCAAUGCUCCAAAUAUCAAAGUGAGUGCUCCAUAUACUCAGAUAAUCAUUGCAUCAAAUUGAAUUGCGACACUUGCUGUUUGAUCCAAGAAAGCUAUCACUCCUGUGGAACAUAUGUGCAGUGUAGCAAAUAUUUCGACUUAUUCUAUUUGUGGUGUUUGAUUAUCCUGGCAUUGUUGCUGGUGGUCUUGCUCAUCAUUAAAUUGCGCACUAAGUUUAUGACAGCUCGCCUCAUACGAAUUCAUAAGGCAUUUGCAAAGUUUAACAAAAAAACGACAAUAAUUUGAUCAGAACCAUAAUUCUUAAUAAAUUGUAAUAUAACAUCUCUUCGCAAUUAUUCACCAUUAAAUAUUAAUUAUGCAAAAAGCAGAAGAAUAAUACUAAACUCUCUACAAACUCCAACCAGAACCAGUCACCACUCCAGAAAUCAAAGGCUACGAUUUCAAUCAAGGAGUCGAUUUCGAUGCACUCCUAAAGUCUUAUGCCAACUUCGGAUUGCAAGCCACCUAAUUAAGCACAGCAAUCGAUCUCAUCAACAAAAUGAUUCAUUGGCGAAUGGGUCCAAACGAAGACAACGAAGACCCCAACACUAGAUGUACCAUAUUUUUAGGUUACACUAGUAAUAUGGUAUCAUCAGGCAAUAGAGAUAUCAUCAGAUACUUGGCACAACAUAAGAUGAUUGAUGCCAUUGUCACUACUGCUGGAGCCAUAGAAGAAGAUCUUAUGAAAUGCAUCUCUACUUUUCACAAAGGAGAUUGGUAAGCCAAUGACAAAGAAAUAAGAUUAAAAGCUAUUUGUCGUAUUGGUAAUAUUUAUGUUCCUGCUGCAAAUUAUGGAAAACUAGAAGAUUGGCUUCUCCCAGUCUUUUAGGAAAUGUAUAAAGAAUAAAAAGAAAAAGGAACUAUUUGGUCACCAUCAUCUAUGAUCAAAAGAUUUGGAGAGAAAAUCAAUGAUGAGAGAUCAAUUUAUUAUUGGUGUGCCAAAAACAACAUCCCUGUAUAUUGUCCUGCAUUAACAGAUGGAGCCAUUGGAGACAUGAUGUUCUACUUCAAUUAUAAGGAAGAAGGAUUUAUUUGUGAUAUCCUACAAGACGUUGUUGCAUUAAACAAGAAAGCCAUGUUUGCCAAGAAGUCAGGAUUGAUUAUUCUUGGAGGAGGAGUCGUUAAACACCACAUCAUGAAUGCAAACAUCUGGAGAAAUGGAGCUGAUUGGGCAGUAUUUGUUAAUACAGGUAUCCAAUAUGAUGGAAGUGAUGCUGGAGCAAAACCAUCAGAGGGAAUCACUUGGGGCAAAUUAAGAAUUGAUGCAGAAUACGUCAAAGUAUUUUCUGAAGCCACUCUUGUAUUCCCAUUAAUUGUAGCAUAGACCUUCGCUAAACAUUUCUAAGAGGCCAAAAGAGUUUGAAAUAUAAAUUGUUAAUAAAUAUUAUUUUCCAUUAUUA